AUGCCCCUGGGUCAGAGGAGUGAGCUCUGGAAGUUGGAGGAAGACCCAGGCCCGGCCCAGGGCCUGGCAGCCAGGGCCUGGAGCCAGCCUGACCAGGGCUCCAGCAGCCUAGAUGAGGGUGUGUCGAGCACCUGGGAGGAGCCGGAAGUCACCCAACCCUCUCUCCAGGUCAAACUCCACGUGAAAGUGGCUGCCCUGGUGGGGUUCCUGCUCCUCAAAUACCGCAACAAGCAGCCGACCUGCCAGGCAGAGAUGCUGGAGAUCGUCAGCAAAGAUUACCAGGACGACUUCCCAGUGAUCUUGGGCCAAGCCUCCGAGUGCAUGCGGCUGGUCUUUGGCGUGGACGUAAAGGAAGUGGACCCCAGCGACCACUCCUACGUCCUGGUCAACGUCCUGGGUCUCACCUGUGAUGGGAUGCUGAGCGGUAAGCAUGGCAUGCCCAAGACCAGUCUCCUGGUGCUGCUACUGGGGGUGAUCCUCGUGGAGGAUGACUGUGCCCCUGAGGGGGAGGUGUGGGAUGUGCUGGGGGUCAUGGGGGUGUAUGCUGGCAAAGAGCACAUCAUCUAUGGGGAGCCCAGGGAGCUCCUCACCAAAGUCUGGGUGCAGGAAGGGUACCUGGAGUACCGGCAGGUGCCUGGCAGCGACCCUGCCCGCUACGAGUUCCUGUGGGGUCCCAGGGCCCACGCCGAAACCAGCAAGUCUCAAGUGCUGGAGUAUUUGCUCCAGGUCAGGCGCGGGCAGCUGGCUUCCUCCCUGGCCCUGUCUGAAGGGGCUAUGAGCGAUGAGGAAGAGGGGGCCUGA